AUCCCUUACCCGGUCUCUGCUAAGGUUGCAGUUUUACAAGUAAUAGGGACGAAAAUGUUGCCGUUAUCGCGGAGGUUGCCAUCAAUUUCGAAAGGAAUAAGUUGUGCAACUUCUUCUAAAAGAUUGUACGCCUAUGCAGCUUCUCCGCUUAAUGAACCGUUGGCAGAUACACAGACAGGAGCUGGAGAGGGUGUUGAUCUCACUCCCCAGAGUGUGCAGGUUACUACUUUGGAAAAUGGCCUGAGAGUUGCUUCUCUGGAGACACAUUCUCCUAAGAGUCGCAUAGGGUUAUUUAUUAAUGCUGCCAGUCGUCAUGAAACACCAAGCACACUAGGUAUUACCCAUGCUCUGCGUAGUGCUGCAUUUUUGGGUAAUGUGGACUAUUCAGGAUUCAGAAUUACUAGAGAGCUAGAACAUUAUGGAGCAACUCUAGAGGCUACUUGUAACAGGGAGAACCUCGUUUACUCAGCAGACUGCCUUCGGAGCAAUAUUGGUUUGGUAGUUGACAACCUCGCCAACAUUGUGAAGAAGCCAACCUUCUAUGGCUGGGAGGUUGACCAGGUGACAGAUCGUUUAAAAUUAGAUCUUGCAAUAAAAGAUGCUCAGCCACCAAUAAAUGUUGUGGAAGAGCUUCACAGAGUUGCAUUCAGGAAAACAUUGGGAAAUUCACUGUACUGCUUGCCACACAGAACUGGAAAAUUUUCAUCUGAAUUGCUAAAAGAGUAUACUCAGGAGUGUUAUGUGGGGCAGCGCAUGACUCUUGUUGGAGUAGGGGUUGAUCACAGUCAAUUGGUAGACUGGGCCAAGUCGACUCUCUCCUUCCUACCCAAAGGUGAACCAGCCACCAAAGAAGCUGCAAAGUAUCAUGGAGGAGAAGUUGUUCACUUUAGUUCUGGACAACUUGUCCAUGCUGUGCUAGCAACAGAAGGAGCUAGCUUAGGAAGCAAGGAUCUUCUUACAUUAUCAGUGUAUCAGAAAAUCCUUGGGGCAACACCUUACAUUAAGUGGGGAAGCAACUCAAUAUCAAACAGGCUUCUAAUGACUGCAACUGAAUCCACAAGUGGAGCAGUAGCUGCAUCAGCUUUCAAUGCCAGCUACUCUGACAGUGGACUUUUUGGAUUUUAUGUGGUUGCAGAGCCUUCAGAUGUAUCCAAGGUUAUGAAAUCAGUGAUUGGCCAGUUUUCCAAAGCCUCUAAAGGAGAUAUCUCUGAUCAGGAGGUUACCAGAGCAAAGAACCAGAUGAAAGCACAUAUUUUAAUGAAUGGUGAAAGUCAGGAGACGCUGUUUGAAGAUAUCGGCUCACAGAUAUCGACAAAAGGAAGUUACACAGCACCUCAAGAAGUUGCAGCUGCCGUUGACUCCGUUACAAAGGCAGAUAUUUUAACGGUAGGGAGAAGUUCACCUGCGAGUAUUGGUAGGGCUAUUUCUGGGGAUUCGUUGAGUUUAAGUCAACAAUUCGAACCAGUUGUAAUUGGAAAUUGAAAAGCAAAGACGUAUUGAUAACAGGGUUCGCACGGGCUCUGGAAACCCUGGAAAGUCCUGGAAUUGUAAUUUGACAUUUUUCAAGGCUGGAAAGUCCUGGAUAAAGACUGCAGAUCCUGGAAAGUCCGGAAAUCCGCUUAACUCAAGUAAUCGAGUUUUCGGAAUUAAAGUUAUAAGAAAUGUAUAUGGACCGUAAAAGGAAUUGAUUUUGAAAUCUUAAGAAUUGAAGGGUUUAAGGUGAAAAUUGGAGCCCUAAAAGAAUCAAUCUGAGUACUGGAAAAGUCCUUGAAAUUUGUUUUUGAAAAAGGGUACGAACCCUGGGUUAAGGAAGCACAGUGUUAUGAUGGUGAGGUUGGAUUUAGUGAUACAGCGCCGUUAUGUCGUGUUCCGGAGUAAGACACUUCUGUUUCGAGAGCACUACUUUCUUCCUCCGCCUUCUUCUUUCUAAUUAAUUGUUAAUCCUUUUUCCCCUUUUUUUUUGUCCUUUCCUUUAUUUAGUAGAGUUGAUGCGAUCCUGCGAAUUUUAGGAAGGCCAACCGAAAAAGUUUUAAGAAAGAUGUUUUUUCGUCUUGUCACGAGUGUGGAAUAAAGACUAAAUUCUGAGUCCCCAUGAGGAAUCGAACCCCAGACCUUCGGAUUUGCGCUCCGAUGCUCGACCUCUACAGAAUUUG